AUGAAGGAAAUCCAUAUGAUUGUAGUUGGAUUACGACGGGCAGCUCAUACCAUCCAUUACUCUGCAUUGCCUGGAUCUAGCCCAUGCUUCUAUCCAUCCUGCAGAAUCUGCUACUCCAAACUAUCCUGCACGAUCACUUUUGAACGGAUGACCACAUUGCAGUGUCCGAAAUGCAAUGCAUCUUAUUCUUCUGAUACUGCCGAGUUGCGAUACAAGGUCGAUCUGGUUGCUGUUGUGUGGCCUUCGCCUGAUGUCCAUGAACUACCAUUCUUAUCGACUGCAUCCAAUGCUAUCAGAUUAGAACCCAAACAGGAAGCUAAACUGCUUUAUCUUACUGUGUUUGGUGCAUGUCUGGACACUCUGUUUGGUAUGUCUGCCAAAACUCUACAGUCGAGCAUAUCUUCAAGUUUGUCAAAUACGUCCAUAAACAAACCAUUUGUCAUAUCAGAAUGCGCCGAAUCUGUAUCAUCAACCAUUGAAUCAAGUCCGGUUUCGACCCAGAAUAUUCUGCUUGACAAGUGGAUUCAGAUUAUGACUGCAUUGGAAACAGUCGUGCAAGGAAUGCCGAUUCGUGCAAGUCUACCAGACAAGCACUUUCGUAAAUCAAAUGUUAGCGAUACAUGGAGGCUGAUCUUACCUGCAUCAGGAAGCUUGACAACAGGCUCUAUUAAACCAUUGCUUUAUGAGUCGCAUCCAAGAGUGUGUGAUUGUAUUCCGUGGCUCAAGCAAGAUCCAAUUACAAACUCUACUUCUGGUAAUCGGCUGCAUGGACCAAACGAUUCAUCCAUUCCAGAUAUUGACGCGAAUAAACAGAAAUCUACAGUAUCAGAAUCCAUCAAAGAUGAAUGUUCUGAGCCUUUAUAUGAGUGGGAUCUAGACCCACGUUUACUAGAAAACCUUGUAUUAACACAAGUGGAUUCUACUGCUGUUUCAAACCCAGAUCUCACCUGUGGAGAUGAACAGCAACCUCUUGUAUCAACCGACUCUUUGCCAUGUUCAACCAAGUUAGGGUUUUCGCUUGCAGUGCAUUUAGCUGAUCAACUCUUCACAUCUGUGUCAACCACUGCUGAUGAAGUUCUCUGGCAAGAACAGCUGUCGGAUAAUUUUGAUGAACCAGACAGCGAUGCGAAAAUUCUAGAUGUUUUAGAGCAAUCGUAUAGUGUACAAGGCAAUCAUACCAAUUCACUCAACCUGUCCAAUCCCAUUUCAAAUCAAUUGCAACCGCAUCGUGAUUGCAUCGUGUCCACUCAAGACUCUUUUGUCGAGGAAAAAAGCCAGUCAAACUUACUCACACAGGAUAUGCAUGUAUUGACUACACCCGCUCUCAACUCACAAUCACUGCAAGAUACAUUACUACAAUGUCCUUUACCCACAGUUGAAAACACGCAAAACGUUAAACUUGCAAGCUUAGAUCACAGUGCUAAACUCAGUGAAAUAGAAUUGAAAAUGGUGCAGGAUGUUUUGUGUGGAUUAACAUUGGCCGACUUUUCUGAUGAUGAGGUUGAAGCAGAUAUUCUGACUGGUGCUCCUUGUACUGAAUCUAGUUUUAAAUGGAGUUCAGAUUCAUUGACAAAAGAGUCAAUUGGUGGAUCUCUAAAAGGUGCGCAGAUACAUGACGAAUACAGUGACUUGGAUGAUGAUGUUGAUGAAAUUGUUGCUGUUUUGACAGAAUUGGGAUUAGAACGUGCCAAUCCACCUACUGUCUAA